AAACCCCGCCGAGCUAGUUAGAUUGAAAGUAUUAGCCUGCUAAUUUAAUCGAGUUGUUUCUCAUCUGAGUUUUGACUCUUGAUGGACGAUAACGUUUUGUCACGUUCCGUGUUCAGAAAGUGGUACAAGACCAAACGAUUUAGUCUAAUGCUAAUCUAGCUAGCUAGUGGCAGCUAGAUAGUUAAGUUGGCAUGUCGUAACCAUUCUCUUUAACAAAUCCGACCAGCUGUUAUCCAUCUUGUCUUUAACUUUAUCUUGUACAUAUUCAGUGUGUCCUUUCUUAUUUGUGUUUAUUUAAUCUGUUUUUUUAAACAGCUGAUAGAACAUACCUCCAGAUGUUAGCCAGAUGUUGUAGCUGCUGUUUACUAUAAAUGCACAUUCACACUUAAGAGGACACGUAUAUUUUAAUUCCAGUACCUUAUUUCAGAUAUUUCUCAGACCUAACUAAAACCCAGUGCUCCUUUACUGAUGGACAUAAGGCGAGCACUACAAAUUGAACACUGGCUGUUACAGAGGUCCUUCAUUUUACUACUAAUACUUAUCAUACAUUCAGGCUGAUAUGGAACAGCCUUCUGACAACUCAGAUGGUUUACAGCCUCAGGAACUCUCGACCUCAGCCUGUAGCCUUCCUCACGUUUUUGACCUGACGAAGAACAGCGAAGAAUGUUUGUUGAAAACCAACUCGAUUGAGGCCUUGCAUGUUGUCCAGCCGCCAGGCUGGUAUCUAAGUUCUGGGACCAGCAACGGGUCAGUGCUUCCAGAAGACAAGACUGAUCCUUCACCGCAGCCCAGUGAGCAGAUACAACCAGACAAUGCUCUUUCCAACACUACAGUUACUCUCUCGUAUGUGACCAGGUCCCAUGUGUUUUCUGCCCAUGACUCACUCUCACAGCAUUCACAGAUUUACAGUGUUCCAAUAAGCAAGGCUUUUUCUCUGCACCCCACUGCGUACGAUGCUAGCCAGCUGGUCACAGAUCCAGGAGGAGGGCCACUGUGUGUGGAAAUGGACCAGCACUGCCUCCAGCAGGUGACCGUGCCUGUCGGCUUAGCCGCCUGUGCCAGUUCCUUCGAUUUUGUCACGUCAGGACAGGUUUCAGAAAAUGUUGCAAGUCUAUGUCUUCUUCAGCAGGCACACAACAUCAGUGGUAUACAAGAUGUUGAGAGCCUUGCUCUGGAGACGCUCAGAUCUUUACAGCAGAACAGCCCAACCGAAUGUAAGAUCCCUCUCAACCUGGACGACAUUCAGAACGGUGCCAUUGGGAGCUUGUGGAACACAGGAUCUAUUGAUGGGAGCUUUCCAGCUGGCCACGUUGAGAACUUGGUGGAUCAGCACAAGAACGGCAACCCAGAAGUACUUUUCCUGAUCUCCAGAACCGAUGAACCAGUUAUUUUACCGGACGAUCAGGAGACAGCAGGCCUCACUGUUGCACUAAAUCACGAGUUUAUAAGUGCACUGGAAGAUUCCCCCGCCUUUGCCUCACUGAUUGGGGUAAAGGAUGCUUCCAUUCUGCCCCAGACUGCAAAACCCCAAAAUGAAGAGAACUUUCUCACUGAAGAAACUGACAUCAGGCAAAAUGAAUCGAGUAAUGUGGAAUCUGAUCUUCUCCUGAGUGUGGAAGAGAGAGAUUCAUCAUCUGCACCAGAGGCAUUAAGUGCAACCAUUAGCAGUGAACUAACAGACAGUACUGUUGACACAUCCAGUAUAGAACAGUCUGAACCGAGCAGGAUAUUAUCUGAGGUACAGAAGGAGACAACACGUGUACAUAAUGUGACACAUAAUGUGAAAACACAAACUAGAAGCUUAAUUGCCAAAAAGGAAACACUAGUAAGAAAAGAACUUCCUCCAAGAACUACAAGAGGGAUGAGGUUAGAGGCCAUUGUUCAGAAUAUCUAUCCUUCCAGGUACAAAUCCAGUCAUGUCUCAUCUGCAAAAAAAUGUCAGCGUUCUGACACCCAGCCAGAUAAGACCACUCAUCUGGGAUCUGGCCAAAAUGUGUCAUUUGGCAACGGCGACAGCAAUGUUUUAGAGGAGGAGCGUCCUCCAAAGGUCGGGACUGAAGCUAAUAAAAAGACAGCUCAAUUACAGGAAGCGUCAGAAGAAACAGAUGUAGCUGAUUCAAGCAAAAUAUCUACCUCAUGUUCUGAAACUGUUUCAAAACAUUCAUUAACUGUCCCAUCCCCGGGGUUGUCACACAAACCCAUCACAUCUGUCAAGAAAUCAAAGAAACAACAGAAAUUCUCAAACACCUCUUCAGUAAGGGUAGGAAAAAAGACUGCACUGCCUAGAUCGAAACAGACAAAAAGCCCUUUAAAGCAACCUACUUUAACUACAAGCAGCAAAAGUCCAGCAAGAGUGAAAAAAGUCCCUACACCUAAAAAGAAAAGGAAAAAGCAUAAAGCGGGGCAGUCUUCCAUGUUCUCUCUACAGGAGCCGGAAAUAAAGCUCAAAUAUGUCAGCUACAAAGAGGAGAAAAGGGAAAAGAAAGAUGAGACCUUUUCUCCUUUCAUACAUGUAGAACUGAAAGCAUAUCCUACCUGUACAGUAAUCAACUACCUUGAUGAGAGUGCCAGGCUGAGCCGAGGGAAGCGGCCUACACCGGUCGUGUCAGGAAAAAUGCCCACCACACCGUGUCUGCAGUACGGCCGCGUGUCCGUGGAGGGCACACGCUGGGACGCUCUUGUGUGCUGCCUUUGCGGAUGCUCAGCGAACGCUAUGGACCUGGGUGAUUUGCAUGGACCAUACUAUCCUGAGGGUUUCCGGCCCGAAGCAAAGCUGCCUACUAAUCCACAGGAGCCAAGAGACGACGACUCCAGUGACACUGAUUCAUCAAGCAAUCAGACUCGAAAGCCACAUCACAAGCUGCAGGCAGCUGCUCUAGGGCCCUAUCAAAUGUGGAGCAGUGAUGGUGAGCUUUCCUGCAGCCAUGCAGCUAAGAGAUCCAGAACAGACACUGUGACAGACUGGUUUGCCCCACCCAUAGUGCCCUUAGAAGCCAGCGAGUACUGGCUCCACGAGGACUGUGGCAUAUGGUCAGCUGGGGUCUUUCUCGUGAGAGGAAAGCUUUACGGGCUAGAGAGAGCCGUUAAGACGGCAAAGGAGACGAUUUGCUCCUCUUGCCACAAAAUGGGAGCCACAUUGGGCUGCUUUUUCAAAGGCUGCCCUAACAAGUAUCACUACAUAUGUGCAAUGCAGUCAGGUUGUGUCUUAUAUGAGGAAAACUUCUCAAUGAAAUGCAGAAAGCACAAGAACAAAUCCAUUAAGAGUUUAUUAUCUAACAAGCAAAACAACAGGUGACAGGGGAAGAGGAUGCUGCUCAAUGAACCAGAAUCCUGUCUGUUCAGGACAAGUUCAGCCACUAUUCUGCAACACCUAGAGACCAAGAGCAUCUGACAGAAAAGUCUCUCUGGGACUCGGACACCACAUACCUUAAUGCUUUCUCCUGCCGUUUCACUGUCACAGACUUCUCUUUCAAAUGUCAGCUGCAGCGACUGAUUUCUGACACGACUAAACACAGCUUUUGCACGUUUGCGACUGUUUACAGAUGAAGCCUAGUAUCUGAAAAGUAUCCUUCAAGACAGUGGGAUGUAAUCUAGAACUAGACUGAUUCUCUCUCUCUCUCUCUCUCUCUCUCUCUCUCUCUCUCUCUCUCUCUCACUCACACCUUCUCUGUCUCUCUCUCUCUCACUCUCACUCACACCCUCUCUGUCCCUCUCUCUCUCUCGCUGUCCCCCUCUCUCUCUCUCUCCCUCUCUCUCGCUCUCUCUCUCUCCCUCUCUCUCUCCCUCUCUCCCCCCCUCUCUCUGGGAAGAUUUGUUCAAUGUAACCACAGCACAAAGCCAAUCUACUAACGGUGUAAUGAUUUCAUGGACUUUGUAGUGUAAUCAUCUGAAACUUAUUUAUUACGUUUGGGUUCAUUUCAUUUGUAAGCUUUCGGCUUUUUUGAGCCGCAAGUGUACAUGUUAAUGUAAAACAAACAAAAAAAAAAUGGUUCCUCAGAGGAAUUUUUAUAGACUUUGUGAAAUGUCUAAUGUAUUGAAGCAAAUCCAAGUCAGCAGGUCGGUCACCAACGUGACAAACAUCAGCUGUCGGAUGUCAGCACGGUAGUCGUCUGUCCUGUGUCGCUCUCCUUCGUUCACAACAUUUAUUUUUUUUUACAUUUGUGAGUCAUUCGCACAGUCUUUUCUGUAUAUUUGGGAAUUUAUUUGUAAAUGUUGUUUCUUCUAGAAGGCUGAAAUGAGGGAACUACACUUGAUGGUGCACAUCACGUGUAUGUUUAAGCCUGUAUCCCACGCUGGGACAACGGUAUUGUCCUUAAUUUUUUAACUCCCAAACUCACUGAUCCCGGCACUCCUGGAAAUACAGACAUAAUGAAAUAGUACUGGCAAUAACGCUAUUUGUUAUUUUGGCACUAUGCAACUAAUCCCAUUAGCAUGUGUAAGUAAUAACUGCUGAGCUGUGUACUGUUAAACGGUACAAAUCAGCAACCUUAAUUUUCAGCAUAAUGUAAUUGCCAGUUAUUUAACAUUAAUAUUUAAGUAACUUGAUUAGAAUGUAAUAAAUUAAAGGAGCACUUUGCUCAGAACGUCUGCUGUCCUCACGACGUUCGGCUUUGAUGAAAAAAAUCGAUCCACGCGGAACUCUGCUUACGCGUAGCAUCGAACAGACGUGUGACGUCAAAUCCAAAUGCUCUUUCGCUUGAGCUCUGAGUAGUCUUCAGAGCGAUUUGGAAAUCAAGGGUAUGAAACGAACGUUAAAACCGUGUGCACUUGUUAAAUGACCGUGUUUAUCACGAUCCUGACCCCAUGACACUGAGCCAUGUUGUGUGCCAUAUUUUUCUUCAGCUAUGUUCUCUUUGUAUUUCUUUGCAAGUGUUGCUGUAAUGUCAUGUGAUUUAGGAAAUUCUGUCCCAGACAAAAUGGUGUUGAGCUUUAUAUUACCACACAACCAUGCAAGAAAAAUUACCAAAUAUGUUCUCAUUCAUUUCUUGUUUCUUGUACUUUAUGAAUCCUAUUCUCAGGGUUGAGCCUUACAUUCUUUGUCAUGUUUUUACUCCCAAAUUUAUUUAUCCAGGACUGACUACUAGAACACUGUCAGCGCUAAAUAAUAAAUCGGCUUCUUUUAUUUUCUCAAACGCA